CGCGUUGCUUUACGUAAGGCAGGCGCUCCGGUUUCCUGGCGGAGAAGAUGGCGGCUCCUGGACCGGGGGAGUAUUUCAGCGUCGGGAGCCAUGUCUCUUGCCUCACCUGCUUGGGCCAACGUCUGCAAGGAGAAGUGGUCGCGUUUGACUACCAGUCCAAGAUGUUGACUCUGAAAUGUGCUUCCUCCAGCGGCAAGCCGAACCUCAACGACGUCAUCCUGAUCAACUUAGCCUAUGUUUCUGAUGUGGACAUCAUUAAUGACCGCACCGAGACCCCACCCCCACUAGCAUCUCUGAAUGUUAGCAAGCUUGCCAAUCGAGCACGGUCAGAAAAGGAGGACAAGCUGUCCCAAGCCUAUGCAAUCAGUGCUGGGGUUUCUGUGGAGGGCCAACAGCUAUUCCAGACCAUUCACAAAACCAUCAAAGACUGUAAAUGGCAGGAGAAGAACAUUAUUGUGAUGGACGACGUCGUAAUCUCGCCGCCUUACCAGGUUGAGAACUGCAAAGGCAAAGAGGGAAGCGCUUUAAGUCAUGUACGCAAAAUAGUUGAGAAACAUUUUAGAGACGUGGAAAGUCAGAAGUCCAUGCAACGUUCACAAGCACAGCAAACACAGAAGGACUCCACUUUAUCUUCUUGAGUUGGCAGCGCGGGUCGGCCGGGGAAGGCGACGCGGGGGUUUUGUUCCCACUGCCAGACUAAUUCGGCAUUCCUUGUCCUCAGUCCGAGACCACAAGGAGCAGCGCUGUGGGCCCUGGAUCCAGAAGAUCAAAAUACCAUUAAAUGAAAAAAAAAGACAAAAAAGAAAGAGGAAAGAUUAAAUCUUAAAUUAGACUUUAUAAAGAAUAAUUUAAACAUGAACCAUAAAGCAACCAUAGUUUCCUUAACUAACUUGUCUCAUUCUGCCCCCCCCACCCCCACCCCCCACCCCCACCCCCUCCUGUCCCUGAAGCCUUUUUCUUUUUUCCGCCCUCCUUCCUUUGCCUUCAGUUCCAUUUCAAAAAGAGAAAACUAGAGCAGUCAGAAAGGCUUGUUAGCUUUAUUUUCUGUCAUCGUUUCCUUUUUUGCUGUAUCCAUGUUCUACUGUCUGUAUUUUCUGUAUUUUAAACAAAAUGUGACUUGAAAUGCCACACUUUAAAGGACAUUUUCUAAAAUAAAAGUAACAAAAAUUCUGA